AUGAAUCAAGAAUAUUUAUAAUAAUUUUUACAAUAAUAAGGAUAUGGUGGUUAAUAAGCAGGCAAUAUAUCAAUGCCUUUAGAUGACACCUCAGAAACUAUUUACAUCUCAUCUUUAGCAUUAUUAAAAAUGCUCAAGCAUUCAAGAGCAGGAGUUCCUUUGGAAGUUAUGGGUUUGAUGCUUGGUGAAAUUAUUGAUGAUUAUACAGUUAAGGUUGUUGAUGUAUUCGCUAUGCCCUAAUCUGGUACUGGUGAAUCAGUAGAAGCAGUAGAUCCCGUAUUUUAAGCAGAAAUGUUAGAAAUGUUAAAAUAAACAGAAAGAAAUGAAAUGGUUGUUGGGUGGUAUCACUCUCACCCUGGUUUCGGUCCUUGGUUAUCAAGUGUUGAUAUGAAUACUUAAAUGAGUUUUGAACAGUUACAUCCUAGAUUUGUUGCAUUGGUUAUAGAUCCAAUUCAAUCAGUUAAGGGAAAAGUAGUUAUGGAUGCUUUUAGAUUAAUAAAUAAUGCAACAUAGCAAUUACAGAUUGAAGCAAGAUAGACAACUAGUAAUAUAGGACAUUUGCAACCACCUUCAUUUAAUGCUAUUUAUCACGGAUUAAAUAAAUACUAUUAUUCAAUAAACAUUAAUUACAGAAAAAAUGAAUUAGAAACAUAAAUGCUCCUUAAUUUGUAUAAGAAAAAUUGGAGCGAAGCACUUAAGCAAGAUAAAUAUGAAGAAAAGCAAAAAAAUAAUGUUGAAAAAAUGUAGUCCAUGUGCAAUUUAGCUAAAAACUAUAUUAGAUGGAUUGAAGAUGAAUCCAAAAAAACAAAAGAUUAACUUGCCAUUAGAAAUGUUGGUAAAAUUGAUCCUUAACGCCAUCUUUUAUCUAAUAUCGAUGACACAAUGAGCUAAAAUAUCGUAGAUACACUAGGAACCAGCAUGAACCAAAAAUCAUUCUGA